AUGUUGAACGCUUCGGAGACAGUGCUUAUGGAGAAGGUUGAUUAUUCAGAUCAAACAAAUGAGCUUCGUCUUAAAAAUCAAAGAUCUGAUUUUCUGGGAGAAGUGAAAGAUUUACGAAGCGUAGCAAAAGAACGACAUGUUCUUUUUGUUCAGGAGGUUAAGAAGGUGAGAGAGGAUGUGAAUUUGAAAAUCCAAGAGCUUCAUGAAGAAAUGAACAAAGAAAUUUUAUCUAUUCAACAUGAUUAUGUGUCUUUACAUCAGAAGGUCGAUAUCAUAUGUGAUGCAGUGACUAAAUUUGUCAAAAUGAGUGAUGAAGCUGUUGAAAGAGUUGAAAGAGAUAUCCACAAAACCAGUUUCGUCUCCCUUGAUCACUCCUGA